ACAACUGCGUUCCCCACAAUCCAGUACCUGAAAAAUCCACUCUCUCUCUCUCUGUCCUUAACCCUCCAACAAAUAUAUACCCUUCUUUCCCACAAUUCUAUGAUCACAAUUUUCUCUUUCUCUUUCUCUCCUUCAAAAUCGUUGUCAAUUUCGCCUCUUUCUUUCUCAACUCCCUUAGAUUCUCUCAAUCGGGUCUUCAAAAAUGCGGAUGAGCUGCAAUGGAUGUCGAGUUCUCAGAAAAGGUUGCAGUGAAAAUUGCAGCAUCAGACCCUGUUUACAAUGGAUCAAAAGCCCAGAAUCUCAAGCCAAUGCUACUGUGUUUCUUGCCAAGUUCUACGGCCGUGCUGGUCUAAUGAACCUGGUUAACGCAGGCCCCGAACAUCUUCGUCCAGCGAUCUUUCGUUCGUUGUUGUACGAGGCAUGCGGUCGGAUAUUGAACCCGAUUUACGGGUCUGUCGGGUUGUUAUGGUCCGGGAGCUGGCAGCUAUGUCAAGCCGCCGUGGAAAACGUCUUGAAAGGCGCACCGAUUACGCCGAUCACGUCCGAAGCCGCGGCUAGCGGGCGGGGCCCACCGCUCAAGGCUUACGACAUACGCCACGUGUCCAAAGACGAGAACUCCGCCGCCGCGUCCAACGAAACUCAGCACCAACGAGUCAAGACUCGGUCUCGAGUGAAGCGACCCCUCGCCAACAACAACGCCAAGCCCAAAUCCACCACCAACGAAAACAACAACAAUAAGGGAACCGAAUUGGGUUCAGCUGAACCGAGUUUGGUGGCAUGCGAGUGGACCGAAGAGGUGAUGAACCGGUCUGGAAGUCACGAUUCGACGCUGAGCCACCAGUCGGAGGCGGCGAAUGCGGUGGAGAGCGAGAGCAUGCUGUCGGCGGAGACGCCGGAGACUUCGAUUCUCUUCCGAGAAGAACCGGAAACGAACCCGAAGCGUGUGAGCGAUGAUGUUGGUUUAGAGCUUACGCUUGGGUUCGAACCGGUUUCACGUGCGCGGCCCGUGGUUCCGGUGAAGAAAAGAAGGAUUGAGUUGAAAAAUUUUAGUGGCUCGGCUGAGAGUGGCUCGUGCAAGAUGGAGCUGGGGCUUGAAUGUUCGGCUUGAGGAACUCGUGGCUCGGCUCAGUUUUGACUCCAUCAUCGGCUUUCUGUGUUUGAUACUUAUUACAAGAGAUCAGAACCGUUUUGUUGUUUUUUAAUUACUUUUUUUUUUCUUUUUUGGUAAUUUGGGUUAUUGUUAACCCUUCCUUUAUUUUUUUCGUCGGUUGUGAAUGCGGUGCUGUACAAACUCAAACAUGAAUGGUAAGUAGAUGAAGAGGUGCAUUUCAAAAUUUA